GAAGGCCAGAGUGACCACAGCGGCGUGGCCUUCGUCAACGAUGCGCCGUCGUCCCUGGAUAGCUCUGAGUUGUCCUCCGAAGACGUCCCCAUCCCGGUGGAGAGGCACGCGGACACCGAGAGCGACAGCGGGGUGGAAAUGACGCCGGCAGAAACUCCUCGCAAAUCCCGCAUCUACAUCGAGAAUGACUAUGAAGACCCCGCUCACGCCACCCACCCCGAGGAUCCCGCUGUUUCCGAGGACGCCGGUAAAGAGGAAAGCGAGCACAGAGUAGUCAACAGCGGCCUUGAGAGCAUGAGCAUGACCUCGCCGACUCCUGAGGUGCCACCGGAAAGUAUGCCAGUCGAGAUCACUGCCGAGGAAGACCAGGUUCCUCCUGCCAACAGUGAGGAAAUAGAAUCGGUCACUCCGCCCCUCGACGCCGCAGAGCCAGAGGAGAACAUUACCACAGUCAUCGAUAAGGUCGAGGAACCUCCCGCAGUACACGAGACGGAGGAGAAGGUGAGCGUAGUCGAGGACGUUUCUCCGAGUUCGAGUGCUGCCCCAGUGCUCGCCGAGGAUUACCCAGACUCCUACACUGAUCCUCUGGAUGUGGCCGACCUGCCUGACAUCGACGUGACGCACGAGAACUUGCCAUCCAAGGACCACCCUCUGGACAAGGGCGAGGAGGCCGGCGCUGGCCAGCCCAGUGAUCAUGCAGGUGAGGUGGCAGGGGACUCCAGCGACCUGGCGGCGAGUGACCACAUGCUGGAGGUGGAAGCAGGCACGCCUCGGGUCCUGCCUCCCCAGCAGGAGCAGGUGAGCGCCGCAGCUCCCACGACCCUCACCGUCGGAUGCAUCAUCGGCAUCGUCUUCGGCGUCCUCAUGUCUCUAGUCAUUCUCGUCGGCGUCGGAGGUUUCGUCCUGUACCAGCGACGAACUCUGAACCGCCCAAAAGCCCUCAACUCUGACCGAGGUUAUGCAGGAAGUGACUCCGGGGGAUACAUCGACGACCAAGUCCGCGUGUCAUAUGUCAACUCGCAGAUUGACACGCCAAAGGGGAGCCCAGAGGAUCUAAUCAGCCUGGACAAUGAUUCCUUCCUCAACAGCCUUGAAUCCAUGACCAUCCAGAAUCUGUGGACUGACAACAUCCGACACACGAAGUUGUAGCUGUAUCUCAAGGGACAGGCUCAUUCACAUCUUGACGAUGCCUUUGCCAGGCGUUGUCUCAUUAUGUCUUUGCUCUAAGUUGAGUUUAAGUUCUUAUUCUCAUUACUGAAACACCUUCAGAUAUGUUCUCUCAGUGAUAAGAACACUUUUAUAAAGACUUGAUGUAGAUGUUCUUUUUAGAAAUAACAGUCUCUUCCAAAGUGAUCUAAUCAUUAGAGGAUGUUGCUUACUAAAUGCGGGAAUGUGAAUUAUUAAGAAAUUCCUUCUAAAAUCAUAAAGAAUGAACCUACAUAGAUGAAAUAGAAAGGAUCCAACAUGAAAGACCUUGCUGACAGGCCAUUCUGAGGAAAUUAUGAUGUCGCAUGCAUAUUUUCAUAAUUUGAUUCAUCCACAGGAAAUAUGAUGAUAAUAUUGAAAUUGCAUAAUUAUAGUUUUUCCUAAAUAUUUCAUAUAUAUCAUUAUGAGUAUUAAUACAAGAAUUUUUCAUUUUUAAGAUGUCGUCAGUGUUUAUUACAAUUGAUGUCAAUGAAUAUGUGUUACUCUCUAAACCACCACUUUUUUCAGUGUUUUAUUCAUAGAAUAAAGUAUGUGUAGUCACCAUAUUCUGAGCACAGAAAAUUAACCUAGAAGUGCAAAUCUUCAAAGAGAAUUGAUUUUUUUUUCUUUUUUUCUUUUUUUGUGAUAUACUUGAUCGGUGAAGAUAAAUGCCAUGUAUGUCAAGCUAUGCCAGUCCGAUUGCUUUGGUUAUUAGCAUGUAAUUGUGAAAGGUGACUAGAGGCUGCGGUAGAUACAUAAGUAAAUGUGUAGAGUACAGUAUACGUCAGGAAUAUUGAUUCUUCACUCCUGGGAAUCUAAAAUUUGACACUGUAUAGUGCAGGAAAAGAUGGUGCCCAUUGCUAUAGGACAAUUUUUAUUCAAUAAUUUACACAGCAGAGAAAAGUAUGAUAUGAUUUCUGCCAGAUAGUUAGGUAUUUUAUUAGAAUUAAAUGCAAUUAACUGUGCUGUUUUAUUUUUUUAUUAUUAUUGUUUUGUCCACAUUAGAUAAACUAAAGUUGUUUGCUGUAGGUAGUUUUCAGUGUUUGAAUACGUUUUACAUAUCCAAAGGUUAUCACCGAUAGAUGCUGAGGAAUAUUACUCAAAUACCAGUUUUUAUGCUAUAAGCUUUGUUGUUCUAGCCAUUGUUGUGUGUAUUAGAAAGAUUUACUACAAAUAUUUUAGGACGUUUACAGGCUUUGAGUCCAAAUGCAGAGUCCCAGAGCAAGUUUGAUUCUCUCUGUGGGAGGUCAGUUAGGCUUUCAUCUUCAUGAUAACAGACACUUUUUUGAUAGUGCUGUCUAUAAAUUUUAUAUAUUACACCAUCCAGAACCUAUGAUUGUGUCCUACAAUGCUACACCUCCAUAAUCUUGUAGUACAGUGCUAGGAAUGAAAAAGUGUGUGUGAAUGAACGUAUGUAUGUAUGUAUGUAUAUAUGUGUGUAUGUAUAUGUAUGGAGAGAGUACACAGUGACAAAUGUCUUGAAUAGUUAUCAAUAUGGAAUAGUUUCAUAGAGUAAGAUAUUUAACUGAAUUUCAGUAUUCACUGUCUUUGUGAAUAUUGAGAUGUAACAAUUUGCAGUCUAAAGUUUUUCAUUCUUAUUCAUAAUGCUUUCAACACCGUUUGUCUGUGUGUAUGGUGUUUUUGCCGGUGGUUGUGUGUAUGUGCAUAUUUGUGUGAAAAUGUGAGUAUUUGCUGGUUUGUUCCAGGCAUAAUGUUUACCUUAGAUAGUAAGGUAUAUUAGUAAUUUAGUAUCAUUUAAGGGUUGAGAUAUAGAGAGCCACAUCGUAAGUCAUAUCUCUCCUUUUGGGGUAAAUCUGGUAAUGGCUGAGAUGGGGUAUCCAACAUCCGUGGCCAAGUGUUCAGUAUUUUAUGUAUAUAUAAAGAUUAUAUGAAGAUGACGUUACCUUAACCCUAAUAGAUCAGUGAAGUGUGCGUGCAUGCAUGUAUGUGUGCUGGGAUGUUUUAUUGCAUCUAGUAAAUUGUAAUUUGUUUUUAUUUCAUUAAAUUAUAUCAGAGUGAUUGGUUUUGCAAACAUCUCUUAUUGCAUCUCAAAAGUAAUAUUUAGAUAGAAAAAAAAAAAUACUUUCAUAUGGAAGUGAUUUAAUCAUACUAUUCCCAAACAAUUUGGAAGCUAUAAGUUGUAAUCCUAUUGUCCAAUUUAGGAAGAAAAAGGUUCUCAUAAACUGAAUUUGGUAUGUAAUUAUUAAUAUUCUUUCUGUUAUAUAUGUCUAAAUAGCUGCAAGAGAUGUGAUUUCUCUUAUUCUUAUUUUGUAAAUAGCUUUUAACAAAGACUUUAUUUCUGAAAAGAAAUUUUAAAGAUUUUUUUUAUAUAUAUCUGAAAAUCAUUAGUAUUAACAAGGGCAGAAAAUCUGUAAUUGUGGUUUAAGCAGGUCUCCCUCACAUGAAUCUGAACACUGACUUUCAUUAUUAUGUUUCUACUUAAUCUUUUUAUAUUUUUUCUCUUUAUCUGAGAUCAAAAGAGAAACUGGUUUUCAUUUUGUAAAUAGCAAUUAGACGAAUUUCAUAGUCAGUUAAUAUCUCUCCCAGUCACAAUGAAUAGAUGAAAAAUGGGAAAAAUAAAUAUAUAAUUAUAUAUACAUGUAAGAUUCAAGAAAUAAUAAAUUGCAGUGAAAAUGAAGUGAAGGGACAAAGGCAGAAUUCUCCACAGUAUCAAGUCUUCAAAUUAGUUGAUCCAGAAAGCUGUUUGUUAACCCCUUUGGCUGUACCUCGCGUUGUUCUUCAGGCUAAAACUCAUGGUACUAAAUAAAUAGAGAAAAAAAAAAAAUCCUUCUAUAUGCAUAACAUAAAAAAAAAAAAAAGGUUACUUAGAUCUUUAGUAGAGUUCACACACUGUACAGUUUUAAAUGAAGUUCAGUCCCUCAUCUUAGCCUAGUACCCAUAGCUGUACAUACUGCAAUCAUAAGUGGAUGCAAAGGAUAUUACAUGUUGAGAAAUGUACCUCAGUAAAAUGGCCCGUUGCCAAAGAGAAUUUCUCCUGCAUUGUAACUUUAAAUGAAUGUCAGUGCUCCUUCCUGUGAAAUGAUAUUUUUGUGAUAUUUGUUGAUCAUUUACCAACAAGAGAUAUAAUACUGUAACUCCGAUUAAAGUUUUCCUUAGACGAAUGAAACAAAUGAAAAUGCAUAGCAGUUCAACAGCUACUGUAAUGAUUUGUGUUAAUCCACUUCGGUGAAUUGUAAUCUCAAACCUUGUAUGUCAUCUCUCUCCAUCUUCUAAAUAGAUUCCAUAUUAUAACCAAUUCCAUAACUCUGUUACAAUAUUUCUUGACAUAAUUUAUUUGUAACCUAUAUAUGCAAAUAUAUUAUUUACUUCUACAAGGGGAGGAUUUCUUGUAUAUUACAGAAGUCACAUACUUUGUAUUAGUCUUUUUUAUUAUUCUCAAAUUUCUGAUUGCUGCAGAUUUGACAGUGAUAAAAACAACUCCUGCAAAUCCUCUUGGCAUUCUCUUGAGGAGAGUGUUGCAAUAAAUAUUUUGAAGCCAAUUUCUUCCAGUUUUCUCUUUAUAUAAUUAUAUUUUUCAUUAUUUAUGGCCUAACUCUAAUGUCCUGAUAAUCUGACCGGCUUUGGCAUCAAUGAUCUCCUAAAGCAUACAGAUCUUGUUAAUUACAGCUGACCCACACUUGGGCUCAGUUACCUACGAGCAUAUACUGGCAGUAUUUACAUUUUUUAGGAUAUUUUGAACCCUGUUACAUUCUUGAGAGCCACUGUAAUACGUAGUUAAGUGGUCUCUCUUAGCUUAUAUCCUUAAUGAUAAGCUAAACUAAAUCUUCCCCUAAAUAUCUGCUUCACUUCGGUGAGUACAAAACCCUGGGCUUCGACAUGUGAUAUUAACCCGUUCCGAAACCACCACAAACAACAGGGAUCCUUGCUGCUAAUGUGUUGGGUCAUGUAAAGUUAGAAUAAAUGCUUAAUCAUUUAUUUUCAAAAAGAUGGUAAAGAUAUGAAAAUUAAUUAGAAAAAAUAUAUAUAUAAGCAUGUAUGGCUAUUCGUGUAUUAUACAAGUUCUUUUGAGUUUACAAAAUCGAACUUUACAAAAUGAUCCAAUGCAAGAGGCAAGCUAGGAGCUACCAAUGUAUAUCUGGUGGAAGUAUUCAAUACUAUUUCUAUAUCCUGUUUUCGAUGUUUACAUGAUGUCAGUUUUCAAACCAAAGAUGUAUAGUUUUAGGAAUGAAGUUGAAAGAAAUAAAAUAUUAUGGCCUCAUGGGCAUUAUGCAA